GCGCCGACUUCAAAGCACGGAUCCGGCCAUCCACAAUCUCUUGCUCUCACUCUACGUGAAACAGGACGAUGAGAGCGCACUGCUAAGGUUUCUUGGUUCAACAAGUGCGAUGGGGGCGAGCCGACCUGGGUCUCCGGAUACUCUGUACGAUCCAAAGUAUGCCCUUCGCAUCUGCCUUGAGCACAAGCGAAUGCGGGCCUGCAUCUUUCUCUACAGCUUGAUGGGCAUGCACGAGGAGGCGGUUGCCCUUGCUCUAGAGGUAGACCUUGAGCUUGCAAAAGCGGAAGCUGAUAAAGUCGAAGAGGAUGAUGCUUUGAGGAAGAAGCUAUGGCUGCGUAUUGCGAGGAGAGUCAUUGAGGAUGAGCGAGAGAGAGGAAAAGAAGGAGAAGGAGAGAACAUAAGGAAAGCAAUUGCCUUCUUAAGGGAGACGGAUGGACUGCUGAAGAUUGACGACAUUCUCCCAUUCUUUCCCGACUUUGCACUCAUUGAUGACUUCAAGGAGGCCAUAUGUACAUCGCUGGAGGAUUACAGCCGUCAGAUUGAGGAACUGAAGCAAGAGAUGAAUGAGGCAACGCGUGGUGCCGAUAACAUUCGCCGGGAUAUCGCUGCCUUGUCCAAACGUUACGCCUUUGUCUCGAAGGACGAGCGUUGUGAGGUAUGCAGUAAGCCCCUUCUUGCUCCAGGGCCAUCGCGGGGAGUUGAACGAGCAGGAACACCGACAACUGCAGCUGGGCCUUCAGUCCAGGGACAAGCACGCAGUAGUCCUUCUCGAGAAGGAGGAGCCUCUUCAAGUGUUGUGCCUUUCUACGUCUUCCCUUGUCAGCAUUCCUUCCAUUCAAGCUGCCUAACUGAUUAUGUGCUGAAGAACACGGACCAAGCUGAGAGAGUGAGGAUUACUGAGCUGAAGAGGCAAUUGGCAAGGCUUGAAGAGAAUGUGCAGGCAUCUGCCGGAAGGUCAACCACACCAGGGCCAAGCAGAACUGCAGAUGUGGAUGAGGUGCUGCUCCCCAUCGACAAGGGAGGAGUAGGGCAUGGUUUGAGAGAAGCACACAGGAACCAGUUGACAAAGGAAGAGAUCAUUUUUGAAGGGAGGGAGUGGUGUGGUGUGGGAAGGGAGACAGGAGAGAAGGAGGGAGAUGUGUGAGGAGGGAAGGACAAAGGAGAGGGUUGUGAGGGGAGAGGGUUGUGAGGGGAGAGGGUUGUGAGGGGAGAGAGACAGGAGCGAUCCUGAGCGAUCAUGUCUCUCUCCACAGCCAGGGUAGGGCAAGGGAGGGAGUUGUGGCGGGGGCGAGACAGGAGCGAACCUUGAAUGGCUUAGGGUGAGCUUAGCAGCCAUUGAUGCUGUCAAUCAACGUGGAGAGGGCCAGCAAGCUAGCUAGAGAGAGAGAGAGAGAGAGAGAGAGAGAGAGAGAGAGAGCUGCAGAGGCUCCUUUAGAGGCCUGUGUUUUAUACACAGUGUUUGUGGCUUUGCAUUAUUGUGUCUUUUUUCUUUUUCCCUAAGCAAUGCAUUGGUAAAUACACACACACAGAGAGAGAGAGAGAGAGAGAGAGAGAGAGAGAGAGAGAGAGAGAGAGAGAGAGAGAGAGAGAGAGAGAGCUGUAGAGGCUUCUUUAGGGGCUCGUGUCAGUAGUAUACACAUUGUUUGUAGUUUCGCAUUAUUGGUCUUUUUUCCUUUUUCCCUAAGCCAAGCGUUGGUACAUAGAGACCCUUCUAUACAGUCUGUAUGCCUGUACGUUUGUACCGAAAUAGCCAGUGUACAUUUAUGUGUAGAGUUUAUAUAACUUUAUAGUAAAUCCUAAACCAUAUG